AAGAGAGAGAGCGGAUUGUUCUGCUGCGGAGCCUCCAGCCCGGAGCGAGACGCAUGUUCAGUUCAGCGGACUCGACUGGUGCGAAGCUCCAGAUGAGGGAUUCAGACGUCCGAGGGAAUGACAGCCGCUGUCACCGGGAGUGACAGCUUUCACUCUGAGCUACUCCACUAAAAAAACCUCCUCCAGCUUGACACCCAACACUGAUCCGGAUCGGAUCCAGCCAAGACCAGGACUAUGCCAGAGAUGGAGAAAGGGAGACCACCGGAAAAUAAACGCAGCAGGAAACCUGCGCACCCAGUAAAGAGGGAGAUCAACCAGGAGAUGAAGACGUUUGCAGAAAGCACCAUGAACGAGCUGCUGGGGUGGUACGGCUACGACAAGGUUGACCUCAGAGACUCGGAGGCCAACGAGAUCAGGAACUACAGAGAGAGGCGUCAGCAUGUGUCUGUGCUAAAAGAGAAUUCAUUGCCAAAACUCAAGAGCCUGGACACCAAAGUCGGCCAGUCGGUCCUCGCCAUGAAGAGCGGAGAGAGAGAGUCCUCCAGUGUCCCCUCCUCUUCACCCUCCUCUUCCUCAACCUGUUCGUCCCUGACCACCUCCAAGGAGCACAAGAGUGCCCCCGUCAUUGUACCCCUUAUAAAGCCAUCAGCAGUGGAAGAUGUGCAGAAUGUGCAGAUAGUGUGCGUUUGGUGCCAGAAGGAAGGGGUGAAACGCUACUCUCUAUGUAUGGGCUCGGAGCUCAAGAGCUUCUGCAGUGAGAAGUGUUUCGCCGCCUGCAGACGAGCCUACUUCAAACGCAAUAAGGCCAGAGAUGAAGACCUCCAUGGUGAGAGAUCCCCUCAGCACCCCCAUACGGAGGACUCGCCCAGACUGGUGUUAAAGAUAAACAGCAACGUCAGAUCUCUCUCCCCUGUGCCACAGGUGUGCGACUGGUGCAAGCAUGUCCGUCACACUAAAGAAUACCUGGACUUCGGCUCUGGCGAGGAGCGACUCCAGUUCUGCAGCACCAAGUGUCUGAAUCAGUACAAGAUGGACGUUUUCUACCGAGAGGCCCGCGCGGCUCUCACCAGCUCCAGCCCGAGCAGAACCAGCCAGGAGGGGAGGGCGGACGCCAUCGUGGCCGGGCAAAAGCUACUCACUCCUGAGUCUUGGAGCGGCAGUAGCGGCGCCGGAGAAGCCCGUCAUAGAAACCUUUCCCCCAGAGGACCUACGCCAAUCCACGGAUCGGCAGAAUCCACCUCCAUGUCCCCCUCAGAGGCAUCCUCUUCUAAUUCCAAGAUCCCCGUCUCUGGGCUGAGGACAAUGGAGAGACCCAUCCAGCCUCCUCCCCCUGCUGUGGAGGUAUCACCCCACCCUGCUCCCCUUCAUCCUCAACAUCACCCUCGCCCCCAUUUGGAACAUCAGCACAUACCUCAAAUGCACAUGCCCUUUAUCAGACCUCCUCUUCAUGCUCAGGGCUUAAAAAGCCCCCACGCCAACCCUCCUAGACACCCGGGCCCCCCUUCAAGCCCUAUCCACAGACCGCCUCACUCUCCUCACCUGCAGCACCCGACCUCUUCCAUGAACCCCCCUGGGAUGAUGCAUCCCUUCCCGGGAGCCUACUUCCCUGGCUUGCACUCCCCUCCUCUGAACAUGAUGCAAAGAGGUCCUGUCCCAAUGCACCACAUGAUGAACUAUGGUAUUCCUUCCUUUAGCCCUCUUCUGCCCCACCCUACUAUCUUGGUGCCUUAUCCCAUCAUUGUUCCCCUACCGGUUCCCAUACCCAUUCCUAUCCCCAUUCCAAUCCCUGCUAAGGCACCCGUAGAAACUCCAAGUCACAGUGGUGUUAUCCAGCCGGUGCCAGAUGGGGUAGACCGGGGUAGGUCCAGGGCUACUAAGCCGCCAUCUCCAGGGAUCUCUGAUGGGGACUGCAGAUUGGGAGCUAACAAAUUGGUUGGAUCUCAAGGUCUCCCUUCACCAAACACAGAUUGGGUUAAAUCGGAGAGGCCAUUCCCGUCCCCAACAUCCACACCCCACAGUGGAGCGUCCUCUCCCAGAACGCAGUACAACGAAUCCCCCCGCCCAGCCUCAGGGUCAGAGGGGCUGAUAGACUAUAAGCCGCAGCAACAGCAGCAGCAGUCAGAGCGACAAGUCAUCCAAAGGGUUCUUCAAAGGACCCAAGUGAAGCCCAGUGCCAAUGGAGUGGUGGACCUAUCAGGGCUGGGAGAGUCAGGAACUGGGCAGGGUACCAGAUCAGGGCUCCACAACAUCAUCAGACCCACCCCUCCUCUACCACAGUCCCCUUCACAUGACACUGUCUACCACCUCCAGGACUCCCACACUCCUCCGCCUUCACACAGCCCCGCAGGGAGCAGCCAUCCGUACGACGCCACAUCCUCCGCCCCGAGUCCAAACGAGAUGUCCUCCUCGUCCACACCCGCCAGUCCGGACUCCCCCCUAUCCCAGAGAGUACAAGCGCCGCCCCCCGACCCGGCGCUCAGCGAGCUGGAGGCCAUCAAAGAGAACAAGUGCUCUGUCGUUGGCCCGGCACUGGUCGAGGGCCCAGUCAGUCAGUCAGAAGAGCCCUUAGCGGUAAUCGGGGAGGUGGGAGAGGACCCCCAUGUUCCUGAUGAGGACCAUGCCUAUGCUCUGCCCACAGCGCCAAAGACAGGUGGGACCACCGCCCCGCUGCUCUUGCCCAAACUCAGGGACAAGGGUAGCCUGCGGAGCCCUGCUAACAUGCCCAGUACUGGAGACAUGGAGCCACCGCUGAAGAGGCGAUGCCUACGAAUCCGUGAUCAGAAUAAGUAGAGGAUGGAGACUCCCUGUUUAACACUGUAUGGCGGUGCCAGAUUCAGUGCCACGCCCUCUUGUGGACGACGCCAGCGCUAACACCCUCCAGCCUGUCCCUCAGCCCACCAGAGUGUUGCUCUGCCUGUAGACCAGCAGGGUGCCAACCCGGGAAGACGUCCAGAUGGCCAUAUUAUCACAAGUCAACGUCGGGGGGGAGAACACAACACAAUCACACAUUUUGUCUUGGACCAAAGAGUAUUGCUGGUGUUAUGUUGUGUUCAGGGAGCGUUUGAUACGGAGCAUCUCAGAUCUUCCCCCCCCUUGUCUGCCCUAAAGUGUCUCUGUGUGUGUGUUUGUGUGGCUGCCCAGAUGCGCCUCCUCCUCCUCCUCCUCCUCCUCCUCUUCCUCCUCCUCCUCGCUCCACACAGCAGACAGGGCUCUGAUCAGCCUUGUGUGGUCUUCUCAGAUGGAGCCUGAACAUGAUCUCUUUCCAGGGGAAACGGUUUGUUUUCCCUGCCCGGCUCGCACAAAGAGCCACAUUGUUCCUCUCCCCAUAUCCCACGCUGACUCCCCACUCCAGGUUUUGGGUUACCUGGCCGACGGGGGCUCAGACUUCAGGAGCUUUUUUUUUUUUUUUUAUAUAUUUUUUUGACCGACAGCCAGGAAUAUAGUAUGCCCUUCUCCCCUCCGCCUCGCCGCCCAAUCUAAAUACGGUACACGGUAACACACUCGUUCUGAGGCUCGAUUUCCUCACAACUGAUUGCUUGUGAUUCCCCACUCUGCUCACAUCCUUCAAAGGGAGGAGAGGAGAUUAAGACUUUAUCAUCGGGCAGUUUAUACACUGUGUGGAGAGACGACUCUCCACAAUCUCUGAGGAGAAAGGAUGCUCCCUCAGCCUCCUCUAAAACAAAGUAAUAAAACUACAUAUGAGUGGACACCUACUGAUAUACAGUAGCUGAGAUGGUCUGUGAACACUUAAGAUGACGCUGGCCCCUCACCUUUCACCCGAUCUGCCAAUUCGAAUCACUUUUAGCACCAAGUGCCAUGCUUGUUUGCUUUAGCGCCCUCAACAUUCAUGGCACAUGACAGUUUUGUUUUUUGUUUUUUAUGUCACUGGCUCUGAUCAGAAGAUUCUAAAAAAAAUCAGGCUGGUAAUAUUACCAAAUGUGGUAUUAUACUCAACCAUCAAAUGCUGUAGUGUGCAGCGAUCAGUAUUACAGUUCCCUCUAUAGGGGAUACCUGAUGAGAUUUGAUCCACAUAGAUCACUUUGUCAACACUUGUCCCAUUGUAAAAGUUCAGUUUUUCUUGUUACACAGAUACUAUUUGAUGUUAUAUUAACUUAUGGAUGAUGCAUCUGUAGAUUUUCACAAAAAAAUAUGCUUUAUUUCAUUUGUUUUUUCUUUGAUGAUUGUAUUUUGUGAGUGCCGAAGCUCUUAUUAAAUCCCCCCCUCGUCUUUAUGUUUGUAUACUGUAUCCCCACUAGAGAGCAGUGUUUGACUGUGUAACUUUGCACCUGCCCUUAGUUGACAAGAAAGCACCAGGAGGCCCAUAGGCAGCCUGCUGAGACCCAUAUGAGUACACAGAACAUAACACCGCACUCAGUGCCAGCUGACUGAUAUCCGAUGCCAAGUGGAUAGCUUUUUCUCCACAUCUCGCUGCCAUUAUUUUCUCUUUACGUCCUAAUUAUUGUUCACCAUUACAGCAGUGUCAAGAAGACCCAGGGUCUUCUUGAUGAAGAGUUCAACAGUCCCCUGGGAUGAGUAGUCAUCAUGGCUUACUCCUAGAAUAACUCCAAAUGUGACCCACCCCUGCCAUCAUUCCAAAACUACAUGAGUUUGUAUGUGUGUGUGUGUGUGUCCCCACUCAUUCCAGUCUACAUCUUCACCACAGGUCAUGCCAUUACGUUAGAGUCAUCCUCAGCUGGCCAGGGGGACUUUGGUCAGUGAUGACAUCACUCCACGCAAAUAGCCGUGGUGUCAACAAGUGGUCCUCUGCUCUGACGCCAGAGGCCAAAAAAAGACGUUGUUUUAAAGAGACUGCCAUUAUUGGUUUUUAUUGCACAUUUUAUUAAUCAUUGCCAUUUACUGACCUGAUACAGUAUAUGUGUGUUAAUCCAAUGUUUGGACAAAAAAAAAAAAAAAUACUUGUGUGUCAGAAAUGUUGUUGCCUGAAAUUCAUUGGUACUUUCUGACCUCCCCAGUCACAACAUUUAGCCCAUUUUGUCUGAAUAGAUUAUUCACAGAUUGUUUGUAUUUGAAUAUAGAUUCAGUAACCGAGAGCUUUGGCGGAGACUUCUUUGUAAAGUAAAAUAAAUAAAAGUUAUUCUAA